AUGUCUCCCUUGGAAAUCUCGAAAAAACUGGUAAUAGUCGGGGAUGGCACUGUUGGCAAGACGUGUUUGUUGAUCAGAUCAGUGAAAGGAUUCUUCCCCGAAAUAUAUGUGCCAACCGUGUUUGAGAACCACGUCCAAGAAUUCGACUUUGACCAAGUCAAAAUUCAGCUUGCACUUUGGGACACCGCCAGCCAAUGCGACUACGACGGUUUAAGGCCAUUGAGCUAUAUUGACGCUGACGUCAUUCUCAUUGCCUUUGCUGUUGACUCUCAGGACUCGUUCGACAACAUUACGGAAAAGUGGUUCGAAGAAGUAACGCGCUGGUGCCCCGGUGUACCGAUAUUUCUGGUUGCGUGUAAAAUGGAAUUACGACACGAUCCACAAACAAUAAAUACACUUUCUGCAUAUGGAAUGGAACCCGUCACGCAGGAGCAGGGAAUGUCCUUGGCCCAAAAAAUUGGAGCUAGUUAUUACGGGGAGACGAGUGCAAAAAAUGGGCAUGGUGUGGAGGAUCUUUUUGAUCGUGCCGCUCACGCCGCAAUGCAGCAUAAACGCAGGGAAAGGAAAAACUACUCUUGCAUUGUGGUGUAG